AGAGAUCACAUGACGAGAGAACACAUGAUGAGAGAACACAUUACGAGAUAUCACAUGACGAGAGAAAACAUGACGAGAGAUCACAUGACGAGAGAACACAUGACGAGCGAACACAUGACGAGAGAGCACAUGACGAGAGAACAAAUUACGAGAUAUCACAUGACGAGAGAACACAUGACGAGAGAUCACAUGACGAGAGAACACAUGAUGAGAGAACACAUUACGAGAUAUCACAUGACGAGAGAAAACAUGACGAGAGAUCACAUGACGAGAGAACACAUGAGGAGAGAUCACAAUUCUUGACGAGAGAAUACAUUACGAGAGAUCACAUGACGAGAGAACACAUCGAAGCGGUCUUCUUUAAUAAUAUCUUCCCGACAUGUACACUAUAAUGCGUAUGUAUCUAUGUUUGUUUACUUCUUGCAUAGCAAUUCAUUUCGUACCACUUACCUAUCUGUUCACGUGUAGUGUAAUUUGGGUCGUUAAAACAUGCUACAAUGCUACAUAAAUACAGCACAAUGUUUGAAAAUUGAAUUUAUCCGUGUUUACUUGCUAACUAGCCACCGAACUCACAACACAAACACACGAUUGACACAGAAACCCUGUGAGAGUGGCCUCAAACCAUAUGGACACUGGAGUCGACUCUAUAAUAUGGAAACUGAUUGUACUCAUGGGGACGUCAGCUCCACGGAACUGUUGUCAGUGACUGAAAUCGGUGACGAUGUUUUUAAACCUUCUGGAAACGUAAUGCAUUAAAUGUAUUGAUUUCUGGACAAGUCAAAUAGACGAGGAAACCGACAAGAAUAUGUCAUAGUCACUCUUUAUAUUGUCACCAAGCGAUGUUGGUUUCGCUAGUGGUAGUUCCACAUGGAGCUAUAUAUCAACGAAAUGCGGAGAAUUCUGUAUUUAAGGGCGUGUUAAUCCUGCCGCCAUUUCCAGCCAAUAGUAUGAGAAAGAAACACAGAAGAUAUAGAUCUAGUAACAUUGUAAAUAUUUUAGAAACGUAGUUUUUUCAGAUUGGAUGGAUUUAAUAGAAGCAACGUAAAUUCAGCUCAAGAAGCCAAACAAACAUAAAACGCUACAGGGAUAGUUUCCGGACAAUCAUGUGUUUUGUACAUUUAAGCCUGAAGUGCCUGGUUAAUGUUUCCUCUGCCGGAUCUAGUUUACCAGCCAGAGAUCUGCCGAACUGAGGCAUUUUCACCCUCUUGUCUGGACGAACCCAACGGCCGCCAUUUUGGACAAGUUCCCAAUCACGACUCACCUGUCCCUCAAUCAACGAAUAUGCGCGUGAAGGAGCGAGAUUCCAUUCCAAGUGGUUCUGACGUGCUUAUAGUUGAACUGACUGGAAAAAUGAAAGGUGUCCCAAACGUGACAUGUUGUAAUAUAGAACCUCGAUUGAUGAAAACAUUAGAAAAACUUGAAAGGGUUAGUUUGUGGCGAUCAGUCCCAGAGGUAUCCGAUGCUAUUAAGGAGGAGGAUUUUUAUGUGUUAUCGUACGAAACUGAAGCUAUGAAUACAGAUUUUAAGUAGUGGCUAUCGGACCGGUCCUACGUUUCUCAGUGAACAAAUAUGAAGAAGCUGGACAGAUAAAAUGGGUGCGGCUAUCACUAUGGACGAAAACACUACCCCUCAAGUUCUCAUCGAAGCCCUAAGGGAACAGUGCCUUAAAAGGGGCUGUGGGGGAAUUAAGGGGCUAGGACUUGUGUUUAAAAAUAUGGACAUCGAUUAUUCCAAGAGGAUUGUAUAUGAAGAGCUUCGGAUAGGAUUACAAAGAUACGGUAUUCUCAUGUCGGAAAACUUUCUCCGGUCGUUGUUUCAUACAUUAGAUCGAGACAAUAGUGGAGGGAUUGAUUUCCAAGAAUUUAUGAAGGCGUUAAGACCUCCGAUGAAUCAGGCACGUAUCGACGUGGUCAACGAAACGUUUGAUUUGCUAGACGCUGAUCAGGACGGACUGCUCAAAACGGAAGAUUUAAAAGUUAGGUUCUCCGACAAUGUGAAACGUCAUCCGAAGUACCUAUCCGGUGAGUGGACGGAAGAGGAAACACUGCGCAGCUUCCUGGAUACCAUUGACGACCAAAAUAACCCGGAUGGAGUAGUGACGCGAGAGGAAUUCCUAGAUUACUACGCUGGAGUCAGCGCACUUUAUGAUGAUGACGCGUACUUUGACCUCACAAUGAGGGCGUCAUACGGUCUUCCGAAGAAAGGUUCAAAUAACAACAAAAAAUAGACAUAAGAACCAUUUGAGAUUUAUAACAAUGAUUUUGACAAAAGAAGUGCAUUCUUUUAUGUGUAAAUAAUUGGCAUUUAAAAAUAUACUUUUGGCCGUAUUCUUUCCCCUGAGGAACUUUUUUGGAUCUUCUUUUAUAUGAAAAAUGAACGUGAAUAACAAAAUUGUAUUUAUUUCUCUAUGCAUGUGGCUUAUGUUCAGACAAGAAAGUGUGCAUAUUAUUUAUGCCAAAUCUAGAGGGUUUCCGAUGGAAAUGAAGACAUUAUAUAUGAAGUAUAUUGGACAAAUCCAGAGGGUUUCCGAUGGAAGUUAGAAGUGAAGAAAUUAUAUAUGGCGUUUCUAGGACAAAUCUGAUGGGUUUCCGAUGAGACUGUGAAUAUUCUACGGAGACAGAGCCUGAGAGAUCACAAAAAAACUUCUAUCUGGCCAAUAUGUGUAGAUAUUAGGACAUACCAUUUAGGUCGAGAAAAGAAUCAUUUGUCUGGUUAAAAUGCAUAUAAAGAUAUUUUUUGAACAUGUUUUGUUUGGUAACAGGGCAGAUUUGGAUCCGGAUAAAUAGAACAAUUGUUUUAACGACAGUGAGCCUGAAGUUCGAAUGGAGGAUUAUAGUUGUGUCAAAAAUGUGAGGAAAGCUUUUUUUAACGACUGAAAACUUAUUCUUGCAAACAUUUUUUUCAAAUUUUCAAAUGUCAUGUAUAAAAUUACGCUUGAUUUCUAUCAUCACAACAGACACUUUAACUAAAAGACCGGCAGUGUCUUGUAUACACGUUUUAGUGACGUGUACCUCAUUGGAGAUGGUUUAAAGUAAUAGACACUUCUAAACGGGAAUCAAAGUAUGAUAAAAUGUUAUCAUCGUCACCGAUAUAAUGCUUCAGCUGUCAAAUUAAAAUACGAACAUUCGGUAGUUCGGACAAAGAUGAUCGGGAAAAUUCAAUUUUCAGACACAAGCUUACCUGCCUUGAUACCGUUUCUCCCCACUAGGCGUCGCUCUUCGAUAACUAGUGAUGAGAAUAGAAAAAAACCCACAGGUAAUCUGGUCUUUCCAGACGCUUGUAAUUAAGCAUUAGACAUCUUUUCCAUGAUAUAGACUGUCUAAUUUUAAAUACCAGCGAUCACCUCCCUUUAAUAUUUUCAUGGAAUACCUUAUAAUAUGAAUCCGUGUAUAUUUUUCAAACAUUUGUCACCAGUCGAUAUUUUCAACCAUAAUUGAUAGUUUACGGAGUCAUUAAUGUAGAACUCUUUUAAAAAGGAGUAUUAAAACAUAUAAGGUAACGUACAGCUUUAAGCGAUCUUUUCACUGUUUAACUGAUCUGUCAUAUUCUCCAGUCCCGAUUUUUUUGUUCGCAAACCGGGAUGUCCGAACUCACGAGGUUAUUUUAACAGUAAUGUUUUCCAAUAAAACGAAUCAAAUGAUGCAACCACAAUUUUUAUACUUAUUUAUUCUUUUUGUAUAAAAUGUAUUUUUAAAAGAAAAUCUGCAUUUAUUUAAUCCUGUAUGUUUGUACAAUUUAACUUUGAAAAUAUGUAUAUAUCUUAAUUUGUAAUUAUGAUUAAAAUAUGUAUAUAUCUUAAUUUGUAA